UGCACGCCAGUCCCGACGCUCCUUGGCUUCAGGUCUCAGUCUCCGUUCCAUGCAAGCGCAUCGCUUGGCUUUUCUUCAGCACUCCACGUGCUGUGGCUGUGCCACUUCGUCGGACUGCCAGCCUGUCUCGCUCAGCAUCUGCUCGACCAGCCCUUUGACACCCUGCUCUGCCCUCGCCUCGCUGGUAGGCCUGCCUCACACAGUGCCCGCCCCCUGCAUCUGAUGUCUUGUAUCACUGCAGCGGCACCCCACGGUCAACCCUCUGGCCCUCACCCUCCUGCCCUGGACCUCCUGAUCCCACCUCUGCCUGGUCGCACCUGUCCCUCAGCUGCUCUGCAGCCUUCACACCUCAGUGACCUGCCUCAGCUCCCAGCCCUUGACCUGCUAACUGGAUCACUCACCAGUCAGCAUCAUGGUCCCCAGCAGGAACCUCGUAGUGGUGGUUCUCGUCGAUUG